AUGACUCACUUUACCAUUUUCCUUCUUUUCCAGCUUCUAUGGCUUGGAGCUGUUGCUGGUCAGCGAACAGUCUGUCCCGCGAACUUCAAAACCGUCAUGAGGAGCGAUGUAACUCCUUGUAAAGGCUCGGUUAAGAACCCUGAAUCUUGCUGUCAGUCGCUUCGGAAGAUGGAAACUACCAUUCUCUCUGCAAGCUACAAUAACGGAUCUGCCGACGUUGUGAAAAUUGUCGGGAGUCCAUCAUACAAUAAUGCAUGUCGUAACACCUUCCGCACGGUUCUACAGAAGAAAGGGGUAACGGUGGACGUCUUUGGCCUCUGUAGCGGUUAUUGGCUGUUCCCUCUUGCAGAGAAGAACAUCACCGAGAGCACCUGUCCUUUAACAAGCUACGAAGAUGUAGGUUCGGUUGUUAGCUACCGAUCAUUGUCAGCUUCAUGCAAUAACGCGAAGUGCUCCAACCCUUCGACUCAAGCAUCAACUUCUGUAUGUGGUCAAAGUAUUCUCGAGGCUGCCAUAAUGCUGACGGAAAACGAUUCUCAGAUCAGCGACUGUUACUAUGUCGUCACUAUGAGACUCGCGCAAGCGCACUUCAAGAGCGUCUACAAAUCCGUGUUCUUCUUGUGCGACGCUGUGCCUCCACUUGCAAAUAGCCUUCAGGUUCAAACACAGAAGCGAACGAGCUUCGAGCUGCAGCAGUUUCUGGAGCAGGAGAAGCAGAAGGCGAUGCUGAACGAGCUGGUGGCGAAGCUCACGGAGGUGUGCUGGGACAAGUGCGUUACAGCUGCGCCGGGAACCAAGUUUAGCGGAUCGGAAUCUUCCUGCCUAAGUAACUGCGCGCAGCGGUAUCUUGACGUCAGCGGACUGGUCGUGCGGAAAUUCCAGGGCAUGCAAAGAUGA